CCAUCUCUCAUGACUCACCCUUUCGAAACUUGAAACAAUUCUUGCCUGCAACAACACAACACAACACAAAACACAACCUGUCAGUGGGAAUUAUCAUCAGCAUCGUGGGUCCCAUUGCUGCUAAUCAAAUCUUUUGUUUACUCCCACUUUCAUCAUCUUUUCUUCCUUAAUCAUAAUCAUAAUCAUAAUCAUUAACAUUUGACAACUCAUAAAUAAUAACGAUAUUAAGGAAGGUAUAUAUGUUUGGCGUAUCAUCUACAAAACCACCCCAAAUUGUUUUCCCCUUUAUUAAUUUCAACAACAAUAACAAUAAUAUUAAUAAAGGGUUUGGAUUUAAUUCAGGAAUGGAUUUAAUUCCAAAACUCAAUAAAUGGUUUUUUCUUAGCCAACAACAAAAUAAUAAUAAUAAUAAUAAAGUAAUUGAUUCAGAUAUUCUUGUUAAUAAUAAUGGUUUUGAUGCUGUAUCAGCUGCUAAUAAAACUCAGGCUGAUCAUCUUGUUAUUAUGGUCAAUGGCAUCAUUGGCAGUGCUACAGAUUGGGAAUAUGCUGCUAAGCAAUUUGUCAAUAAGCUCCCUGAUAAAGUUAUCGUUCAUUGCAGUGAGUCCAAUUCAGCAACCUUAACUUUUGAUGGGGUUGACCGUAUGGGUGAAAGGUUGGCCGAAGAGGUGGUGGCAGUUACUAAACGUUGGCCUGAGGUGUCCAAGAUCUCAUUUGUAGCACAUUCAUUGGGUGGCCUAGUUGCACGAUAUGCUAUUGGGAAACUGUAUGAAAACUCUUCUAGUGAAGCUAAAAUUGCUGGUUUGCAACCAGUUAAUUUCAUUACAGUUGCAACUCCACAUCUUGGUUCUAGAGGACCUGGGCAGCUUCCGUUACUUUGUGGUCUUUCUUUUCUUGAAAGAAGUGCAUUACAAACUGCACAUUGGGUAGCAGGGAGGUCAGGGAAGCAUCUUUUUCUGACUGACAAUGAUGACGGGGAACUUCCGCUACUAAUUCGAAUGGUUAGCGACUCCAAGGACAUUAAGUUCAUCUCUGCUUUAGGAUCUUUCAAGCGUCGAGUUGCAUACGCUAACGCAAACUACGAUCACAUGGUUGGAUGGGAAACAUCUUCUAUUCGCCGUCAACAUGAACUUCCAAAUUCAAAUCUUCUUUCAGAGGAUAAGAAGUAUCCACAUAUUGUCUAUGUACAGCAAGAUCAACCAAUAGCUGCUGAAGCAGUUCAAAAUGAGACGCCUUCUGCAAUUUCACCAGAGGAAUUUGAUGAGGAAAUGAUCAGAGGUCUUACUCAAAAACCUUGGGAACGUGUGGAUGUUAGCUUCCAAAAAAGUACACAACGAUACAUUGCACAUAGUACCAUUCAGGUGAAGAGCUAUUGGUUAAAUUCUGAUGGCGCGGAUGUGGUUCUCCAUAUGAUAGAUAACUUCAGUCUAUAGCAUACUGCAAAAGGUAUCCUCUAGUUGGGAAGUCUUAAAUUCUUUGUUUCGGAAGUGCUCUUCAAUUGUACAUUGAUCUAGUUUCUUAAAUUAUGUCACCCUUGGAGUUGGGGAUGGCCACAAGUUGUUCCUUUCUCACAACGUAAAUAAUUUUUGUUUAUAAACUGGAUAUUUAUGCUGCUUCGAAACUAAUGUAUUCAGUCAUCGUAAAUGAUUAAUUGAAAAUAUUUUUGUUGUUUUA